GUUUAUUCGUCUCCUUCCUCUCUCUCUCUCUCACCCACACGAGUUUUUCUAUGUUUCGCGGUUAUUGAAAUCUCGCGUGCGCGGCGAAAGAAAGGCUUAAGAACCUCCUCGCAGAUCUAGAGACGCCUGAGUGUGUGUAACUUCGUGGAAAGUAUAGUAAACAUAGCUGGGUGAAGAAAAUGCAUAGUGCUAAUAGACGAAGAACUAGGAGUAGCGGCUCUGCUUUGGACCAGACAAAUCUAGAAGCUGGAGGAGAGGUUACUCCAUCUGUUGACAAAGUUCCGGAACAAAGCAAUGCCUCUGUUCCUCUGCAAACACCAGAGGCAGUGGAACAUCUAGAAGAACCGAGGACUAAUUAUGGAAAUGGUAAUAGGAUGAUGGAAGAAGAUAAGGGUGUAUCCAAUGUGUUUUCUGGUGAAGAACAACAGUCAACAACCCCUGUUACCGGAAAGAAGAGCUCAGGUUUCCAUCGUGAACUUGUCCUUGGUCUUCCUUGCCGUGGACAAUUUGAAUUCCACCGGAGUUCGAAUAAGCUUGGAGGAGGUGGUGAAAGGAAUGUGGUGGUUUCAAGUCACAAGAGAGCUAAGAGAUCUAAAGAAGCUGCUGGAUCAUCUUCCGUUGAUGUUAAUGCCACGCCUCUAGAUGGAUCAAAGCCAAGGAAAACGUAUACGAAGAAAGUUGAAGUUAGAGAAGAUGAUGAGUACACAAGAAUCAAAAAGAAGCUUCGGUACUUUCUGAACCGGAUUAGAUACGAGCAAAGCCUAAUUGAUGCAUAUUCUUUAGAAGGCUGGAAAGGUUCAAGUGUGGAAAAGCUAAGGCCAGAGAAAGAGCUUGAACGAGCUAGGAAGGAAAUUCUACGACGCAAGGUUAAAAUUAGAGAGCUUUUUCAGCACGUGGACACACUCUGCGCAGAAGGAAGCAUUCCAGAGUCUUUAUUUGAUUCUGGUGGAGAGAUCUCUAGUGAGGAUAUCUUCUGUGCAAAAUGUGGCUCAAAAGACGUGCAUGUUGACAAUGAUAUCAUACUAUGUGAUGGGUUUUGUGACCGAGGCUUUCACCAAUACUGUGUUGAACCACCUUUGCGAAAAGAAGACAUUCCUCCGGAUGAUGAGAGUUGGUUAUGCCCUGGAUGUGAUUGCAAAGAUUACAGCUUUGACCUGCUUAAUGAUUCUUUAGGGACAAAACUUUCAGUCAGCGACAGCUGGGAGAAAGUAUUUCCUGAGGCAGCAGCAGCAAUGGCUGGUGGAGAUCAAACUCUGGACUGUGAUCUUCCUUCAGAUGAUUCUGAGGAUGAAGAGUUUGAUCCGAAUGGGUUGAAUGAUAAUGCAGAUGAUGAAGAUGGCAGUGAUGACAGUGAUGAGUCUGAGAACGAAGAUGGGAGUGGCGGUGAAUCUGAUUGCACAUCUGCAUCUGAUGAAAUGAUUGAAUCGGUUAAAGAAGCGAAAGAUAUAAUGGACCUUCCAUCUGAUGAUUCUGAGGAUGAUGAUUAUGAUCCUGAUGCUCCGAUUCGUGAUGAAGAUAAAAUGCAAGAAAGUUCAAAUUCAGAUAAUACAUCAGACUCUGAGGAUCUUGAGACUUCUUUCAAAGGCGACGAGUCUAAUCAGCAAAACGAAGUUACACCACGUGGGAAACCUGGUUCAGAGUCAGAUACUGGGAUUGAUGAUGAUGGCAUUGUAGAUGUUCCUGGGAGGAGGAAGGUUGAGAGGCUGGACUACAAAAAACUCUAUGAUGAUGAAUAUGAGAACGUUCCAACGUCUUCAAGUGAUGAUGAGGAUUGGGAUAAAACUGCGGGAAAAGAAGACUUCGAGUCUGGAGAAGAAGGGGACACUGUGCCUCUGAAACAGCACUCAGAAGCAGAAGACCACACUUCUACUAAGAAACCUAGACAGACACCGAAAAGAGAAAGCAAAAGGGACACGUUGAAAGCGCCACAAGAAGUACCUAGAGAAAAUGGUUUCUCUGGCGAAAAAAGCAGCUCUGCAGUAUAUAGUAAACACACAAACCCCAGAACCCAGAGACUGUUCAAAUCUUUUCAAGAGAAUCGAUAUCCAGACAUUACAACGAGGGAGAACUUAGCUAAAGAGUUGAAGAUGACAGUUAAACAAGUUAGUAGCUGGUUUAAUAAUACGCGUUUUUCGACAAACAAAAGGAUGGCUUCAAAGGAAGAUGAUGAAAAGUUAAGAACAGGUGAAGGGGAGACAACUGUUGCUGGAAGUAGCGAACAAACCAUGGAAACCAAGUCAGUCGUAGAGAAUAAUAAGAGUGGAGCAUCAGAAUCAACCAAUACUGGAUCAAGAAAAAGGAGAAGGUAGAAUUAGAAUCAAUUAUGGAGGUUUUAGAUCAAUAGUGAAGACAUGAAUGAAUAUAGUUGAGCACACAAGCUAAAAACAUAACCAAAGAUAUGAAGAGAUCAAAACCUCACCAGUCAUCAGGUUGGUUAUGCUGGCUUGUUACACAUUUUUGGGAUGCGCUUAUGUAUCUGAAGACUGAGGUGGCAAAAUAAUUGAAUAUUUCUUUAAAAAAUUUGGAUUAGUUUUCAUCUUAUAAAAGUUUUUGUUUAAUUUCCAAGCAGAGAGAUUUUGAUACAGCAUUUUUGGCUGUGGUUUGUGUAA